AGCAGAAACCAGGAGGGGGUUUGGCAGAUCUCUGACUUGGAGCACAGGAUGAACGAAGAGAAUUCCCUCAUUCCAAAUCCCUGUAGGAGAGCUUGGGAUACUGGUAAUAGCAGCAAAGGGAGAUGAAACAGAGUAUCAUGCAUCCCACAAGACUUCCAUUUCGAGGUGGUGCUUCUUGCCAUGUGUCUUGUGGUGGACCAGGGCCUGAGGAUCAGCCACAGCUGCCUGUGGCCAAAGAUGCUGCAUUCAGUAGGGGACAGUCCUUUCCUUCAGCUGGCAGGAUGCAAGGAGUACAGGAGAUGGUUCAGCAACCUCCAGGACUUGGGCAGAGGGAUUCUUCCAUCUCUGCUCCAACUCUGUCUUUCAUGUUUCGGGGACUGGGUUUUGAGACAGCCCCUAGGCUUCCUUCAGCUCUCUAUCUGGGUCGAGGCAUAGUGGGCAGAGGAAUGGGUGACAUAGCUAUCAAGCCCAGAGUGGACUUACCUGCACAGCAUAUGCACACAGACUUAAAAACAGGGCCAGCUGGAGAUAUGAAGGUGGAGAAGACACUUCUGGGACGUGGCAGAGUUCCUAGUCCAGGAGAAAGCGACAUGCCUCUUUUGGGGCUUGGCAGAGCAGCCUUGGGGCCCGGAAGGGCCCAUGCCAAUUUCUGUUCCUUGGGUACAGGAGUUGUGCAGGCAGGACCAUUGGAGCAACCUGGAGCAGCGACUCCUUCAGCAGUUUCUGAUGAGCGUGCAGUUGAAAAAGUACCGUUAAUAAAACAAGGCUCAAAAGGAAUAACAGUCCCUUUGGCACUGAACCUGAUUAAAAUACACUGCAAGAAUGAAGCUGUGUACCAGUAUCAUGUGACAUUCAGUCCGGAUGUGGAAUGUAAGAACAUGCGUUUUGGGAUGAUGAAGGAACAUAAAUCAGUGACAGGAGAUGUUACUGCCUUUGAUGGCUCUAUUCUGUUCUUACCGAUCAAGUUAGCACAAAAUGUGGACUUGAAAUGUCAGAGAAAGACAGAUGGAGUGGAGGUUAAUCUAAAGAUUCAGAUGACCAAAGUUCUGGAACCUAGUUCAGACCUGUGUGUUCCAUUUUACAAUGUUGUUUUCAGGAGGGUAAUGAGGAUUUUAGAUAUGAAACUUGUUGGGAGGAGUUUUUUUGACCCCACCAGUGCUACUGUGCUGCAGCAGUACAGGUUGCAAAUAUGGCCUGGCUAUGCAACCAGUAUCCGGAGGACAGAUGGGGGGCUGUUUCUUUUGGCUGAUGUUGUUCAUAAGGUUAUUAGGAAUGAUUCUGUGCUGGAUUUCAUGCAUGUAAUUUACCAGACAAGUCGGGAGAACUUCCAGGAUGAGUGUACAAAGCAGCUACUUGGCAACAUUAUAAUUACCCGUUAUAACAAUAACACUUACCGUAUCGAUGACAUUGACUGGAAUAAGACACCAAAAGACAGUUUUACCAUGUCCGAUGGGAAGGAGAUCACUUUCAUAGACUAUUACAGUAAAAAUUAUGGGAUAACAGUCAGGGAGCUGGACCAGCCAUUGCUGAUUCACAGACCCAGUGAAAGAAAGAAUCCUCCAGGGAAGCUGGAGAAAGGUGAAAUCCUGCUGCUCCCAGAAAUCUCCUUUCUGACUGGAAUUCCUGAAAAGAUGAAGAAAGAUUUUAGAGUCAUGAAGGAUCUUACUCAGCAGAUCAACUUGAGCCCUAAGCAACAUCACACAUCCUUGGUCCAGCUUCUUAAUAGAAUAGAGAAGAAUGAGGCUGCCAGCAAAGAACUGUCACGGUGGGGACUCUGUUUAGAUAAAGAUGUUUAUAAGGCAAAAGGACGUAUUCUUCCCAUGGAAAGAAUCAACUUGAAGAAUAGUUCCUUUAUUACCUCAGAAGACCUAAACUGGAGUAAAGAAGUAACUAGAGAACCCUGCAUUUCUGCAAUUCCAAUUCAUUACUGGGCGCUCUUUUUCCCAAAGAGGACACUGGAGCAGGCACGUGAACUGAUCAGCAUGGUGCAAAAGGUCUCUGGCCCACUUGGUAUUGCAUUAAGUUCACCUGCUUUGGUGGAAUUGAAGGAUGACCGCAUAGAGACUUACGCCAGGGCCAUCAAAUCAUUACUGAGUAAUCAGGACACUGUACAGUUGGUAGUUUGUAUUAUCACUGGGACCAGGGAUGACUUGUAUGGGGCCAUUAAAAAACUCUGCUGUGUACAAUCUCCAGUCCCUUCUCAGGUUAUUAAUGUUCGAACCAUUACAACCCAGCCAAACAAACUUAGGAGCAUAGCACAGAAAAUACUGUUGCAGAUCAAUUGCAAGCUGGGUGGAGAGCUCUGGGGUGUGGACAUUCCUUUGAAACAGUUGAUGGUGAUCGGCAUGGAUGUGUAUCAUGACCCCAGCAGGGGGAGGCGCUCUGUGGUUGGCUUUGUGGCGAGCAUCAAUCACACUUUGACAAAAUGGUACUCUAGGGUUGUCUUCCAGAUGCCUCAUCAAGAAAUUGUAGACAGCCUCAAGGUUUGCCUGGUGGGUUCCUUGCAGAAGUUUCAUGAGGUCAACCAUUGCCUUCCUGAGAAAAUAGUGGUUUACAGAGAUGGAGUGUCAGAUGGUCAGCUGAAAAUUGUGGGGAGCUAUGAAAUCCCACAACUCGAAAAGUGCUUUGAGGCUUUUGAGAAUUAUGAGCCUAAAAUGGUGGUGUUUGUGGUUCAGAAGAAAAUCAGUGCCAACAUCUAUUCGGCAGCCACUGGUAACUUCACGACUCCUUUGCCGGGUACAUUGAUAGACCACACACUGACCAGCCGUGACUGGGUGGAUUUUUACCUGAUAGCUCACUCUGCCCGACAAGGCUGCGGUAUCCCAACUCACUAUAUUUGUGUAAAGAAUACAGCCAACCUCAGCCCUGAUCACAUGCAGAGGCUGACUUUCAAGCUUUGCCACAUGUACUGGAAUUGGCCAGGAACUAUCCGAGUACCAGCCCCCUGCAAGUAUGCUCACAAGUUGGCCUUCCUUUCAGGGCAAAUUCUGCACCAUGAACCAGCAAUUGAGCUCUGUGAGAAACUCUUCUUCCUGUAGCUCCUCCAGCCAGUCUUCAGGGCCAUAAAUGUGGGCUCCUCAAUCCCUAGUUCUAUCUACGUUUAUUUUGGGAUCACAAAUUUACAUAUACUUCAGAUUUCAACAGCUUGUAAUGAAGAAGAAAUUGUGACAUCACUCGUCCAUAUUGUUGGCACCUUCUCAAUCUGUGAAACUGAAAAUUCCAGGCAGCAAGAUUGUGUGUGCUCAUUUGAAUUGCCAUUUUCUCUCUCCCCAGCCCUUAUUCUGUCCAAAUUCAGAAUCAAACCAGACUAAUUUUCAGUUUUACAUGACAGUUAAAUAAUAGCAUUACACCACAAGCACUAAAUACCUUUUUCUUAGGAUUA